CCAUCCUUAGGUCACACUGGUUCACUGACAAGUCAUGAUAAUUUUUUGUAAAAAAAUAGUUUUUCGCAAUGGAUGACUCGUUUUUCGGAUUCGACACAACUAUACCGGAGGACGAAGGUGGCGAUGGGCGAAUUGGAGAGGAAGAAUAUGAUGCGCUCAACGAUGAAACCUUCGGGUCUGCAAUAAAUGGAGAUUGGGAAGAAGCUCAUGAAACGCUGGUGCGCCUUGGCGGAAAUGGCGACAAGGUUCGAAAGAGAGGCGGUUUCGCAGAUAGAGGUGCAUACGGGGGAUUUUCAGCCGGCGGCAACGGCGUGCCCAGGCACACGAAUAUGCUUUCAUCGGCUCCCUCGUCGAGUGGCUCAACACCUGCGCCAUUUAAUGCACCUUUUCCUGGCCCACGAAAUAUGGAAGACGCAGACUUGGAGCUGAAUCUGUCUUCCAUGAAGCUAGAUGAUGUGGACUUGUCCUCUUUUCUCGAUAGCGAGGUGGGCAAUCUUAGCAAUCGCAUUAACUUGGACUCUGCAGUGUGGGCGUCGCCACCGGUUCCGAAUAACCAACCGUUAUUUCGUGAAACCUUUCGCAGUGCGUUUAGGCCGCAAACGCAGAUGAAACUCCAGCAAGAGUCCAACGCAAAUUUAUCAUUACAUCAUAUGCACCCUCAAGCUGGUCCUAAAAUCUCGACCCUCGAGGAUAUUGAACGCAAUCUUAUCAUUCAGCAAGCAAUACCGAAGCUGCAACAGCAUACGAUAGAUCGAAAAGCGUUUGAUGCUAUUCCAAAAUUAAUUGCAGUGCCCCCUGGAUUCUUGACAACGCCACAAACCUCGCCACCAAGGACUAAUAUAGGUUUCCAUGGCCCCCACCCGUUGCCCGAGUUGAUGCCAAAUCCUCAAUCCCAACAACAGCUGAAUGGAUUGGCAGGGAAUCGUGUGCCGCCUGGGUUCAUUUACCCACCUGGUUUGCCAGGAAGUAUGCCCCAACUGCAACAGUAUCCGCUGCUGCAACAACACGGUGCCUGUGCCUUGCCCCCAAAUUUUCCUCUAGGCGGCAAUCAGCGUCCACUGCCAACCCCACAUCUACCCACAGCCCUAAACAACUUUGCAAUGCAUCCGAGUUUCAAUGCAAUGCGAGCUGCUGGCUUGCAUCCGGCAGCCUUUAUGCAGCCCGCGCAUCCACUCCAACACCCACAGUCACGAAUGCCCCCACACCCUCUGCAGGCAGCCAACAAUCUGCUCAGCCAGCAACAAAACUCUAUGUUCAAUAUGUUCAACAUGCGCCUCGUGCAGGAGAUCCAGCAAAAUCAUCCGCUUCUUCAGCAAAAUGCGGUCGUGGCCCGCCAGCUCCAGCAAAGGGGAGGAUCUGUCCCCAGCGAUCAGCGUCAAAAGCAACAGAUGCAGCAGCAACAGCUCAAUCGACGUCCAGACGCAUCAGGAAACCUUCCUCAGGAUGAAUACGACGAAUAUGCCAAUCUUAUGAGCACACGGGACAAGCACUGGUUGAUCGGUAUACAGUUGUCACAGCUAAAUACGGACACCCCCUACAUUGACGACUACUACUACACGGUCUACAGAGAGCGCAAGGCUCUGCAAAAUGGUCAGGUGCGGCAGAGUCAGGCCCACAAGGACAACCAGUUAAACCAUCCCUUAACGCAACCCAGGGGCCAUGCCCAACUUAUACUCGUUCAGUUGGGCAACAAAAACGGCACACGCAACGGACAUGGACAGCACCGCGAGCGGCGAAACUCGGAAAACACCAACAGCACUGGUGGCAGCACAAAUAAUGCAGCAAGUGGAAGUGGAGGGAACAACAACACUUUACCGGGAUACAUUUUCUCGCCUCUGAAGUUUGAGAACUCGCUUGGUAAACUGCAAUAUGGCAGCGUGACAGCUCCACGUAAAAUUAUUGACGCGGACAUAAUGGGCGGCGAGGCUAGCCCUGGAGAUAUGGCAGGAAAUUCGGCAUCUUCCUCAAUGAGCACAAUGAGCGGGGUAAAUGCAAAAGCUAAUGCCGGGACACCACUUCUACCAAGUUCUAGCUGUGAUGUCACACCCAGUAGUAUGCGCAAAUCGCGACACAUUUUGUUGCUGAUAGAAACUCUGUACCGCUAUCUACUGAAACUAGAGGACCUUGAAAACACGGACGUUAUGGCCACGAUCGUUUUGAAGAAAAAGAAAGAGGCCGAAAGAAUUGCAGCUCUGGAGCAGCUUGAAAUGGCUAACAAAACACCUGAGGAGCGGGCCGCCGAAGCAUCUAAUCCACAAAGUAUCAAUCCACAGCUGAAGAAUAAAUUCAACUACGAAAUUGAGACGACUGAUGCGCUGGUGCACAAACUUAAGGCAGGUUUGGCUUUCGACAAGGUCGUAGCUAUGAUGAAUGUGCGCAAGGGCAAGAUACUUUUACGCCGCGUUAUGCCGUUUAUUGCUGAGCAUAGUGUAUGCUGGACAGUGUGGAGUGGAGUCUUCUGCUCGCUACAGACUGUUGUAAAGAAGGACAAAGACGAUAUAGAGGGUGUCCUCUACGCUUUGUACCCAGAAUUCAAAAAGCACAUCAGCAAAGCCAGCUUUGAAACAGUCGUCACCAUUUCAGCAGCAAUCACGCUGAAUGACAAUAAGCUAACGGGAAUUUUCUGCAGUCGCUUUGGGAUCCUAUCGCUUGUUGCCUUGAUACUUCGUGCCGAAGAAAUAUACGUUUCCAGAAUGGACCCAACGCUUAGCGACGCGAAUAGGCAGAAAUGGCGGGAGUUUCUUGCACAGGUAGCGUCCUGCCUCAACCGAACCAUACAGAAUCAGACUAUCUCCGCAGCCAUUGAGUCAGAUGCGAUUCAACCGCUAAUGGAUCAUUUUGAACAUUUCAAAGACCUAAAACUCGAUGCCCUGUUGGCAUUGAUAACAGAGGCCAGGCAUCAAAUCGAUUAAUUUGCGCUCAUGUCUUGUCUUUAUUUUUUCAGAAGUUUAUGCUUUACUCAAUUAUGCAUAUGUUUGCAAAAAUUAUGUAUUCAAUACUUACAUAUGUAUGUACAAUCGUGUUUACUUUAAUGGUACUAUACAAAGCGAAAAAAAAACAAGAAUAUUGCUACAGGGUAUGUCAAAUCUCGCAUCAAAAAUGGACACGUACUCAACCGUCAAUAAACUUUGAUUAUAUAAUUUUUUCUUGGAUUCCAAAAGUUCUUUAAUUAAAAUGUGUGUGCACUGUAUAAGAGAGAAAAAUGUUAUUGUUUUUUUUUUCAUAAUAAUUCUAAUAUUACAGUAUGAAGGUCUGGUCUUGCUCAUUGUACAUACUUGUAUAUCAUUUGUAUUUGUUAAGGAAAACUGUUCACUUCCCUUCAUUAUUUUCUGCAGAUAUUUAUGAUAAUUAAUCCAAUCCAACAUACAUUGAGAUGUGCAAUUGAACAUUCUAGACGUUUACCUUUUUCAUUUAUGUACAUUCAUGUAUGAGCUGAAGGAGUAGUUGUAGUUGACAACAAUAGUUCUUACUUAACCCCUGACAGGAAGUGAAAAUAAAAUAUAACUAACUACGUUUAUACAUUUUUAAGCACCAGCGAUCACCAUGCAUACUCAUAUACUCGUAAUACAUACAUACAUAUGUAAACAUGUAAUCAUAAAUAAUUACUUAGUUUCUGGUAUUUGUAAAUAUCGGUUUUAUAAAGUUUCUUCAAAUAAUAUUUAGGGUUUCAUUGAAUCAAAUUUGUGUGAACCCAUCCAGUUUAAAGAAAACAUUCAGCAUCAGAAUAAAUGUGUAUUACAUAUGUACAUCAUUAAUACAACAUAGCAUUGUGAAUUGUGCGUCCGAUAAAUGUGGCUACUGCGCAGAUUGAUCAAAAUUGUGAUACAUUUUGACUUUUACAUGUAAACGAAUAAACAAAAUAUGCAGAAGAAAUUAAAUUAGCAAACACUCGAACAAAUUUAAGUCACAAUCACUUCAAUUCUCCUUCUGGAUGUAAAUCUAAAAGCGACGGAUAAAUAUUUGUUGUAAGAAUCCGUAGCGUAGUUAUUGGGACUAUUUUAUUUGGUUUAAAUAUAAGAAAAAUGCGCCUUUUAAAUCAUGUUUGUAUACUUUAAUUAAUUUUGUCUUUAAAUUAAAUUCUAGUUUUUAUCUUCUUUUUUUUAACGGCCAUGCCAGACCAUAAAUGUGUGUGUUUAAGAAAAUAAAUCAGAGUCAAAGUACUACGAUAGCUACAUACAAUAUGUAAGAAAAAGGCAUGUACAAUAAACCUUGUAGAAUAAAUUGUAUUUAUUAAAUUCAA